CUCUCUGCCCACAGACACCCCACUCCUCAGCGGAUCCUGCAGAGCGACUAGGUUCUCACUGCUCUGCCUUCUCUCGGGUCCUCCUGACGGAGCCAGACAGAGGUAAUUGCUAGACCAAAGGCUCUGCAUUCCAGAAAACAACCAGGCCACCCCUGGGAGGCGGCACCCAUCCAGCCACUUGAGGCCUAAUGAUGACAUGUGCACUUUGUACGGGACCCCUCUUCCUCCUGCUCUGUCUUCCACGCUGGACUCCAAGCCCUUUGAAGGUAUGAUUUGAGUCUGGAUGAAAUGAGAGCUUUGACAUUUCAGAGAGUGAUGUUUACCAUGGGUCUGCCUCUGAUAAAAUGUACAAUUCAGGAUCAGGCAGAGAAAACAAAGAAUUUUGUCCGUCGGAGCCUGGUCAUAGGAGAAGUCCUCUUAGCAGACAUGGCCCCAGGAGUAAAGUGUGGAAUAAUUUGUUGGCUAUUUGGUGGUGCCAUCAGGAAUCUCGGAAGCCCAGCACGUGUAACUAAAUGGCUCCAGCCACUCCAGGAGCAGAAAUACACGGGGAUGUUUGCAGUGACCGAGAGGGGCCACAGGAGCAACGUGAGAGGGAUCCGGACAGAAGCCACCUUUGACCUCUCUGCACAGGAGUUUGUAAUCGACACACCGUGUGAAAAUGCUGAGAAGAUGUACAUUGGAAACGGCAUGUACGGGAAUUAUGUAGCAGUCUUUGCCCAGCUCAUCAUAAACGGAAGAUCUCAAGGGCCCCACUGUUUCAUCGUUCCUGUCCGUGAUGAAAAUGGAAGCACGUACCCAGGAGUGACAGCUAUUGAUAUGAUGUAUAAAGAAGGUCUGCAUGGUGUUGAUACCGGGAUUCUGAGAUUUGACAAGGUUCGGAUACCAAGGGAGAACCUGCUGGAUAAGUUUGGUUCUGUGGCUCCAGAUGGGCAGUACCACUCCCCCAUUAAGGACAAGAGUGCAAGAUUCAAUGCGAUGUUGGCGGUGCUGACCCCGUUGAGACUGGCUGUGACUUUCCAAGCUACAGGCUCUAUGAAGCUUGGGUUGACGAUAGCCAUUCGCUAUAGCCACAGCCAGAGGCAGUUUGGGCCCAAAGCCAAGGAAGAGGUCAAGAUUAUUGAGCACCAAACACAGACCCUGCGGCUGAUGCCUCACCUGGCCACGGCCUUGGCCCUGACCUUCGCCAACAGGUAUGCCGGCAUCCUUCUGGACGAGGACAUUUUCCGAGGUUAGGAGCUUGUCAGCAGUCGCCCGCUGCAGGUGCUGCUGGCGGGUCUGAAGGCCUACAGUACCUGGGAGAACAUCGGCUGCCUGCAGGACUGCCGAGAGUGCACUGGAGGCUUGGGUUACAUGAUGGAAAACCGAAUCUCAGGCUUAAAAUGUGACACAGAUAUGUUUGUAACUUUUGAAGAUGACAGUGUUGUAAUGCUGCAGGUUGUGGUUCAGGAACUGCUGGCUCAGUACACCAAGCAGUAUGAAGAAAGACCCAUCUCCAGCCUGCUCCGAAACUGGAUGGAAUCGGGGGGUGACAAGCUGAGAACCAGUUUCCUGGCGUUUAACACAGACACAGUCGGUAAUCUCGCCUUUCUGUUGAAAGCAGUCAAUUUUCGAAGGGUUCUUCAGCGGGGUUUGGUGGCCCGGAUUUAUUAUAAGGUGACGACCGAGAACGAGGACUUUUCCAGUGCCUGGAGCUCAUGUCUUCACCACGUCACCUGCCUGUCUCUGGCACACAUUCACAGAGUUACUUUAGAGCAGUUCUCCCUGCCCGGGAGGAGCUGUCCUGAAGAGGACCAGGCUUUGUUAAAAAAGUUUUGUCUGCUAUAUGGAACCAAACUGGUGUUCCAGGAGCGAGCCUGGUAUCUAGAACAUAAAUAUUUGACUCCGCUGGCCAGCAUGAAGAUUAGGCGUUAGGCCCCCUGUUAGAUGCUGAAACACAGACAGGUAUAUCCUCAGUCUCUGCAUUCAAGGGAGCUUAUUAUAGCUGGGGACACGAAACUGCCUUCAAAUAACACAACAACACGAGGGAGUGGACCUUCCCAAUGAACUUGGCCACAAGAAUAAGUUCAGAGGACAGAGGUCACUUUGGAAUUAAUGGCGUUCUUUGCUAGACCUGGAAGAGGGGAAGAUUCAAAGUGGAGGCGGUGGUUCAACUGAGGAGGGGGAAAUGCAGGUGAGCCUUCAGAUGGGGUUGGUGAAGUGAGCAAAAUCAUGGAAACGGGAGUACUUGGGGCAGACAUGUUAAGAAACAGUGAAAAGACCAGUUUGGUUGAAGUCUUAACUGAUAGACAAACCUGGAGAAGCCUGCCGGAGCAAAACUAUAAUGGGCUGGGAAGAACCUUGAAGAAUCUUUUUCCUUCUUAGGAGGCAGCAAUUAUGACAAAAAGCAUGUAUAAAAAUACUUUAGUUAUCUAUUGCUAUGUAACAAAAAACCCCAAAACUUAGUGGCUUAAAACAACAACCAUUUCUCAUUUCUCAUGACUCUGCAGUCUGGACAGGGCUCCACUAGAUGGUUCUUCUGCCCCACGUGGCGUCCGCUGGGGCUGAGUGCUCAAGAUGUCCUAGAUGUGUACUAGUCACCGUCCUUGGAAAAUGAUUUGUAAGAUUAAUAUGAAGGGCAAAUUGAAGGUAUCUUCUUCCCCUUGCAAGGCGUCUGAAGGGACUCUUAGCUUGAGACCCACCCUAAACCAAAUUGAGGUUUUCUGGAAGACUCAGAGAGUUGAAAUAAGGGCAGCAAUAGCUUUACCCUCCCCCGGGGUUAUAGCUCUUUGGCGUCCAGCUUACUGUCUAUUAAAUUUCUUGCUUAGUGCUGGCCCUGGUUUCCACUAUCAUCACCGCCCGCUCCACCGCAAUCACCAUGAGGCCGUCGAAGUGAAAAUUCAGAUUUGCUGGAAAUGGCAAAUGCCUUCAUGGCAAACGCAAUUUUCUUACUUGUUUAUUUCUCUUGGUUCCCAUUUUCCCUUAAUUUUUUGCAUUACGGUAUUGUCAGAUCAUUGAUGCUUUAAAGGUGUAGAAGAGAAAACCUAGCUCUCUGAUAUCAGAAAUAGAAAGUUCCUUCAAUAUUACCUCGCUUGACCUCACAACAACCCUUUGAGUGAUGUUCAUUAUUCUUACACGUGGGUGAGGAAACAGAUCCAAUGUGACACAGUAACUUGCCCAAAGUAAUACAGGUAGCAAAAACCCAUAUCUCUCUGGCUCUAAAUAUUUUCAAUUAUUUGGUUAGAAAUCAGCAUCAGUCAGUAACAAAAAUCACACUCAGUGCCCAGUUGUUGGUUUCUAAUAUCAUUUUCCAAAAUAGCAACCAGGGUCCUUAGAGAAAUGGCUGAUCCUGGCUGGGGCUAUGAAUAUAUAAGAUGAACCUGGAACAUCUUCUAGAGCCAGAAAGUCAGAAAGUGCUCAAAACAGAAAUAAAAAUAGAAAGACCCACAGUUACGGGGGUAUGUCCAAGGGAUGUGGGAAGGAACUAACUGAAAGAGCUCCCAGGGGCCAAAGCUGGAAUACUUAGAGCAACAAAAUAGAUAACAUCAUAUUGGAUUUUAACCCAAAGUACAAAAUAAACACAUGGGAAUACCCGGGUGGUCCAGUGGUUAGGACUCCACGCUUCCACUGCGGGGGGGCGCAGGUUUGAUCCCUGGCUGGGGAAAUAAGAUCCCACAUGCGGGAUGGCCAAAAAAAUAAAUAAAUAAAUAAAAGUGAACACAAACAAAGAGACAAGUCUUCCUUAAAGAAGAAUUCCAGGGCUUCCUUGGUGGUGCAGUGGUUGAGAGUCCCCCUGCUGUUGCAGGGGGCACGGGUUCGUGCCACGGUCUGGGAGGAUCCCACA